AGGUACCGAGUCUGACAGCAGCACGUUAAAGCGCCAUGGAGGAUGAGGACCUGAAAUCUGCCAUCAACGUCGCCUGGGUGCUCCUGUGCACCGCGCUUGUCUUUUGGGAGCAGGCCGGCUUUGCCAUGUGGGAGGCGGGCUGCCUCCGCUCGACCAGCUUGCACUCAAUCCUUCUGAAGAACAUGUGCGACGCCGCCAUCGGCGCCGCGGCUUUCUUCACCCUCGGCUACGCCAUCGGCUUCGGUGGAGGCGCCGACCACAAAUUCGCCGGCAACGACAAGUUCUUUCUCAAGGGCGUGGCUAUUGACGACUACCACAUCGUCUUCUUCCAGUGGGCCUUCGCCGCCACCGCAGCCACUACCGUGAGCGGCUGCAUGGCGGAGCGCACCCAAUUUGCCGGCUACCUGAUCUACUCCUUUUUCGUCACCGCCUUCAUCUACGCUGUCCCCUUGCACUGGCUGUGGGCCGACGCCGGCUGGCUGUGCGCGUGGGGCGACAACGCCGCCUUUGGCUACGGCAUGAUCGACUUCGCCGGCUCCGGCAUUGUGCACAUGCUGGGCGGCGCCGCGGGGCUGGUCGGCUCGUAUGUCGUGGGCCCGCGCGCGGGCAGGUUCACGGACAAGGGGCCGGUGCAGAUCGAGGGGCACUCGAUCGCCCUCACGACGCUCGGCGUCUACUGCCUCUGGUUUGGCUGGUUUGGCUUCAACGCCGGCUACACGCUCGGCACGACGGGCGGCAUGUGGAAAACGGCGGCCCUCAUCUGCGUCAACACGACCAUCUCGCCGUCGGCCUCGAUCCUCUCCGUGCUGCUCCUCGAGAAGUUCCUGGCGGGCUACUACGACACCUCCAAGUGCAUGAACGGCAUCGUGGCGGGGCUCGUAGGCAUCACUGGCCCCUGCGGCGUGGUAGAGCCCUACGCGGCGGCCAUCAUCGGCAUCGUCUCCGGGGCCGUCUACUGCGGCUCGUGGCGGCUGCACGAGCGGCUUCGGAUCGACGACCCCGUGCACGCCGGCGCGGUGCACGCGUGGCCCGGCUUCUGGGGCUGCAUCGCGUCGGGCCUCUUCGCGUGGCCCAAGCAGGUGGCCACGCUGGGCUACGUGGGCGGCGGCGGCCUCUUCUACACGGGCCACGGGGGCCAGUUCGGGACCAACGUGCUCGGCACGCUUGUCGUGCUGGCUUGGACGGUGGCCACCUCGUCCAUCGUCUUCGGGUCGCUCCAGGCCGCCAAGCUCCUGCGCGUGACUGCGGAGGAGGAGGAGAUGGGCGUCGAUCUCGCCGAGCACCUGCCUCGAGACGGCGUCACGCCUCUCAAGUCCAAGAUGAUGGGCGCCGUGAUGAGGCACCGCGGCAGCGGCAGCGGAGCCUCGUCGCGAGCUUGCGGCGCGAGCGAGACUACCGCAACUUACGCCUGACGAGGGCAUGCGACUCUCGGUGCACGGUGGCUGUGGCAAAGACUGGUGGCCGUGCGGACGCGAGGCUUUGCGGCGGGGCAAGGUGGGGAGGUCGGGCGGACGGGGUGGGUGGGACGGGUGCGGGCGGGGAGGCUCUGUGGCGACCGGAGGGUGGCCGAAGAGCGAGCCACAGGCGAGACGCCUGCAGCCUGCACGCCGUCUCAAAAAGAAGCACGACGUGGGAACGCACGUAAUCCUAGAAGUCGUAGGACUGUGGGCGGUGUGCUCGCAAUCGGCGAUGUUCUCUAACGGCACCAACACAAA